AUGGCUAGGGCUACUCGCGCUAGUUUCCCCCUAAAGCCCUGGCUGUGGAACCCUGGACACACCAGCAGCUCCGGCUUCAACCGAGGGCGGGGGACAGUCACGGAAAACGCACGGCAAACCUCACUUGUUCGCAGCUCAAUUGAGGAGGGUAUGAUUGUGGCCGUGCCGUCCAGACACUGGAACGUACUUUACAAAGAUGACUUGCGCCCUCUGCAAUCAGUUCCAGGGGAAAUGGAACCUUUCAGAUACCCGAUUGCGGGCCAGCGCGGCAUUGAGGAAUCUGAUAUCGUAUACGGGAUUCUUCGGUUCUACUAUCCAACCACUCUCGAUAAUGCUGUCAAACAAGAGGCGAGCAAGGACUUGAUCUUCCUCAUGAAAGGCGGGCGCCGUUUUGAAGUCCAGCUUUUUUGUACAGAGGAUGAUGAUUGCCCAAUCCCAGACUCGUGGGAUUACAUCCCUGUUUCGCGGAGGACAUCACCACGGACCGAUUCUGACAUGGCUAUCGUUACCAUAAAAGGCUGGAUUUCAUCAUGCAUCGUCACUCAUUACACCCCUGAAUGCUUUUGCGACUCUCCCGAUAACCCACCUUUGCCCACAAGAGUAGUGGAUGUGGGCCUCGACGACGACAGUGUCAAGCUCAUCGAACCAAAGGGGGCCGUCAGAGCCAAGUACAUUUGUCUGAGCCACUGCUGGGGCCUUGCCCAAAUCAUAACGACUACAAAAUCAACCCUCGCGGAUCGCAAAAGGGGCAUACCCUGGAGAAGCCUAUCCAACACCUUCCGCGACGCCAUUUCCCUCACCAGGGCCCUUGGCAUCAAAUAUAUCUGGAUUGACUCCCUCUGCAUUAUCCAAGACGAUGCGAGGGAUUGGGACGUCGAGUCCUCCAAUAUGGCUGCAAUAUAUACAAAUGGCCAUCUAACCAUCGCCGCAACCAUGUCAGCCAAUGGCGCCGGCGGACUCUUCAGAGAUACCCCAGACUUCGAAGUCUCCGGCACGGCACCCCCUUCAGAUACAAACGGCAAGGGAGAGCCCUACCGCCUCUUCUUCCGCGAACGCAUCGACCACCACAUCGACAUGGGCAUAGCCAACAGUGACAUCUCCAUCGGCAGCCCGACCGCGAUCCACUAUCCCCUCCUCACCCGCGCAUGGGUCUACCAAGAACGCAUGCUCUCCACGCGCAUCCUCCACUUCGGGCGCUACGAGCUUUUCUUCGAGUGCCGCAGCAGCAUCGUCUGCGAAUGCGACGACAUCGAGUUCCACGGCUCCUCUCCCGAAACACCCAUCGCGCUCUUCAAGAUUGAGCAUGCAGAAGCGUUGGGCGAUUACACCAGCAGUUGGGUUGAUGCAGACCAGUUCCGGGACGCCGUCCACUACCAGGGCGCGAGCCUGUGGCGGACAAUGGUGAGCUGCUACAGCGCGCUGCUGCUGACGAAGUCGAAAGAUCGCCUGCCAGCCAUCAGCGGUAUUGCCAAGGAUCUCGCUGUGCGCAGACAGUCGAGGUACCUGGCUGGCCUGUGGGAGGAGUCUAUCAAUGACGAUCUGCUCUGGACCGUGCACUGGCGCUCGCGACACCAGAAGGCGAGGCCGUACCCACGCAACGCGCCGACGUGGUCGUGGGCGAGUACGGAUGCGUGUGUGCUGUAUUACGAUGGCGUGUUGUUUACCGACCUGGAGGACAAGCAGGGGUCGUUUAGAGAGAGGCAGCCGUACAAGCAUUUUAGCACGGUGGAGACUUGUGAAGUGACCUGGGCGGCUGUUGACGAGUUCGGGGCAAUUUCGAGCGGGAUGCUUACAAUUUCAGGACUGGUGGUUACCGGCCUCCUUGAGCGGUCCUUGAGCGGGAGGUUGAGGGCGUUUGAAUCGCCAGGGCGUCUUGAGAGGAUAGGAACGGUGAUUCUCAGACAGAAUCCCCCCCCUAUAGACCCUGUGGGCGAACUGUUUCAGGAUGCUGAACUGAGGACAAUGACUAUCAUUUAA